CUCCAACGCGCUUGAUAGAGUGAGUAGGAGCUAUGGUAGGAGCAUAUUGGAACGUGUUGAAGUAUGCGACGCGACAAACUUAUAUUCUUUUAGCUAUGUUCUUAUACCAUGGAUUUCCUAACCUCAAUAGUCGUCAAUUUUAUCGUUUAGUAUUUCGGUUCACGGAACAGAGCAACACUUUUUUUUCUGCCAAAUAUUUUCGUUUCAUACAAAAACGCGUCAAAUGUACGCGAUUCCGGUAAAACGGACGAGGAGAAGUGAUCUCUUUUCGUUGAUUCUUUGUCAUAAUGCUAAAGCUGAACAAAUUUGUGGCUAAGGUCAUUCGUGGCUUCACGCAAUGUGCAUGUGUGACAUACUGUGUGUACGAGUAUGUGGGCGAUAUUGUCGUGUGCAGUGGUCCAUCCAUGGAGCCUACUUUGUACACUAAUGACGUCUUACUUCUGGAACGAAUAUCAGUUAGAUUGCAAAGGCUUGAGAAGGGGGACAUCGUCAUUUCCAAAUGUCCCAACAAUCCGGAGCAGAAUAUAUGCAAGCGAAUCAUAGGCCUGCCUGGCGACAAAAUAAGGAAUGGCUUCAUCAUAACUACGAUACCUUACGGACACGUUUGGCUGGAAGGUGACAACAGAAAUAAUUCUACAGAUUCACGAGUAUAUGGACCAGUACCUCAUGGAUUAUUACGUGGACGAGCUUUAUGUAAAAUACUUCCUUUGAGAGAUAUAACUAUGUUUACAACCAAAUAUGCAACUUAAAUUAUUUUUUAUAUAUAUAUAUAAUAGAUAUUUUUAUU